AUCGAUUCAUCUCAUCAGACAUCAGUCGUCUUUCUCUUUGUUCUGCUUUCCCUGCUAAACACAUCACCAUUCUUUUCCCAAAAUCCACCCCCCCCCCCAAAAAAAAAAAAACACAAAUGAAUUGUUUCAAAGGAGUAAGCUUUUCUUCUUCUUUUCUUUUAGUUUAAAAUCCAUGGCUAAGUCCACUUGAAAAACUGUCUUCCUAUAAAGCCUGCUAAUCAGACGAUCACCAUGUGGAACUUUGUUGUGAAGGCCUUUACUGGAGCCAGCGGGUCUAAGACUGGUUCGUUGAAACCAAGUCAGGUUUCUUCAGAAUGGUUGGAUGAUGAUACGUCUUUGCACAACCGUGGAGAGGAAAGAUUGGAAUGCCCGAUAUGCUGGGAAUUCUUCAAUGUUGUAGAGAAUAUACCGUAUGUUUUAUGGUGCGGCCAUACUUUAUGUAAAAAUUGUGUCUUGGGGCUGCAACGGGCUGUUCUGAAAUACCCUACAUUACCAAUCCAUCUUCCGUUCUUCGUGACUUGCCCAUGGUGUAAUCUAUUCUCCUUGAGGCUGGUUUACAAGGGUAACGUCAAGUUUCCAAGCAAGAACUACUUUCUCCUCUGGAUGAUUGAGAGCAUGAAUGGUGAUAGGUCAAAAUCGAAUUCUUCCAUUCAUGGGGGUCAUCCACCUGCCUGUUCCACAAAUAAAAUAACAGAUGGUGGUGUUCAGCUUAGGCAUAUAAAUACGAGGCGAGCUCAAUGUACUAUGCACUGUUUGGAAAAUUCAGCGUCAAGCCGUAGUCAAGGACACCUGAUGACCGACUAUUUCAGUGCCGAAAGACUUCAAUUGUCACUCCGCAAGUCCUUGGUUUUCCUUUUGCACUUAACAGUAAAGUUCCCUUUGAUUGUCAUAUUUCUUUUGAUGGUCUUAUAUGCCAUACCUGCAAGUGCAGCCGUUUUUGCUCUGUACAUUCUUAUCACUGUGGUGUUCGCUGUCCCGUCUUUUCUCAUUUUGUACUUUGCUUUCCCCAGUUUGGAUUGGCUAGUUAGGGAAAUCAUCAAUUAAAACUGCCCCUUAUGUUCCCUAUGCAUCUUGUAGCAUGCAAUUCAACGACGUCUCCAUGUUAGAUGCCGUGAAACCAUGUUGUCAAACCUUUGUUUAUGAAAAUUUAUAGUUAUUUUGAA